AUGGGGAACUCGCACAGUGGUAAACACGGCAAGCCGAGCCGCCGGCUGGACCGUCACGCGGCGCUGCGACCUUCUGUGCACGCGCGCAGAGCUCGGCUCAUCGGAGUUAGUCAGUUCGGCUUCGAGCCGGCGUUCGAGGCUCCUCUGAACCACGUGCUGCCGGCGCCGGGACGGCCGCGAGCGCACAGCUUCCGCUCGCCUCCUGUGAGCCUGUCGCAGUCGCUGGACGCGCUGCCGACCAUCCAGCUGGAGCACCGGCAGUCGGAGCGGCCGCGGCGCAGGAGCGAGCUGCGCGCCUCGCGCUCGGCGCGGCGCAGCUCGCGGCAGAGACCGCCUCCUCCGCCGGCGCCGGUCGCUUCCACAGACGACGAGAGGCCUGCGGUACCUCAGCGGCGCCGGCCACCGAGACGCAGUCGGAUGGUGGGCAGACAGCUGCCUGCCGAGCCGGAGCCGCGUGCUGCAGAGAACAUCUACGAGACAAUACCGAGCGGAGGAGAGGCCUCCUCGGAGAGUGAGGACGGGGAACCCUCGGCGCGCGCCGGCCGCGCACCGGCCUCCCUGUCUCUGCCAGCUCUGGUCCACUGCAGUGGGGAGCAGCUCUCUGAGGAGGACCCUCCCGCUGCCUCAGAGGGUGCCGCCGCUCCGCUGGCCACCUCCUCCCCUCGGCUGUCGGCGCGUGCCUCCCUGAGCUCGCUCACCAUCCGUGUGUCGGUACCGGCCUCCCGCUCCAGUGGCGGGUUCAGACGGAGGAACAGCCUGCCGGCCCGGUCGGCGCUCGAGACGCAGGCGCGGCUGGGCGGCUCGCUGCGGCCCGCCUCCUCCUGUGUGGCCGUGGAUGAGGUACGGGUUCAGUCGCCGCACUCCACGCUGGUGGACGUGGUGCCGAGCGGAGCAGAGUCGGACGGAGCUGAGGAAGUCUCCAAGGCGGGCGAGCAGGGUGAGACCGCUCGGCAAAACCCUUCAGCUCGCACCACCUCACCCGCUCCGGCGGAUGAAACUGACGAGACGGUUCAGGUGGCCGACACUACCGUCGAAAUCAAAGAGGAUGAAGACGCAGUGGAUGGAUCCCCUCGCGCCACUACUGCGGACAGACCCGCUGCGGACCCCUGUGAGGACGGUGUCGCGGCGGACAGUGGUCCGGAGGACAGUGAGUGCGGAGAGGACUCGGGGGCAGGCUCACCGCUGGACCAGACACUUGACGUGUCGGCGGCGGAGUUGAGCAGCGACCCGGCGCCAACGCUGGCCGAGCUGGACGCCGUGUUUGAUCGAGCCGAGUCGGCGGAGGACGGAGACUGGUCCGGCGCGGAGACGGACAGGGUCGGGCCGACCGUCGGCGACAGUGCCAACAGUCAGAUGGAGAACGCGGUGACUCCCGUCUACCUGGCCGCUCAGGAGGGACACCUGGACGUACUCCGGUACCUCGUGGACGAACAGGGCGGCUCGCUCACCCUGCCCGCUAAGGACGGCAUGGCACCGGUCCAUGCCAGCGCCCAGAUGGGCUGCCUCAGCUGCCUCAAAUGGAUGGUUCUUGAGAAGGACGUGGACAUCAACAUGCGAGACGGCGACGGCGCCACGCCGCUCCAUUUUGCGGCCAGCCGCGGCCACACUCAGAUGGUUCGCUGGCUGCUGCGGCACGGGUCCAAAAUAGUGCUGGACAAGUACGGCAAGUCGCCCAUCAACGACGCGGCCGAGAACGAACGGAUAGAGUGUUUGUCGCUGCUGGUCCAGCAUGGCACCGACCCCGAUUACGACAUGGAUGAGGACGCCGACAGCGGUCGCCAGUCCAACUCCAACUCCAACCCGUGCUGCUGCAGGGGGAAGACGUCUGCCGGCGACUCGUCCGGCCCGUCCAGCCCCCGUUCCACCGAGUCCACGUCGUCCCACUACUACAGCGGGGGCAGCUCGGGGCGAACACUCUCCGUUCUACCUGCACCGGCCGGGCGCCGCGCCGGCCGCUCCGGGGGGCCCACCGACCGGGCCCCGGACCCUGAACGCCGGACACAGGCCGUUCUACCUGCACGAGCCGGGCGACUCGGUCUACCACCGGGUCAACGAGCUGUUCAACUCGCUGACGCUGGGGCACGAACCGCGAGCCAGCAAUGGAGAUAAGAAGCAGCAGCGGCGCAGGAGGGACGGGGAGAAACAGAAACUGAAGCGGGCCGCGCCGGCUGCGGAGGUGCCGCCGCCGCCCCCGCCGCCGCC